AUGAGAGCUUCUCCCUCCUCCUCGCCGUGCCUGCAUGGCCACGGAGGCAAGGUGGCGUGCGCGGUGGCCGCCUGCCUUGCGCUCGUGACCUUCCUGGUGGUCGCCUUGGAUCCCAGGACCGGAGCUUCGUCCUGGUUCCUUUCUUCCUCGUCUUCUCCUCCAGUCGUUCUCUCUUCCUUCUCCUUGCGGCCGACCGCGAGGGGUGGCAGCAAUGGAGGCGGUGCCCCUCUGUUGGCGACCUCUAGCUACGCUGCUGCCGGCGGCAAGAACAGCAGCGGCAAGGAGGUGCUCUUCCGGGAAUAUGCUGCCGGCGGCGACCCGGUGGUGGCUUCCUUCGUCAACGCUGACUCCGGCCACGUCGACGGCCCCGUCUCCGUCGCGCCGGCGCCGGCUCCGGAAAGUGGAUUUGACGAUGCCGCUAGCCCGGACGACACAGUUGAAGUAAGGGUGCCGCUAAUGCAGACGAGAGUGGAUGUAAAACUGGAAAGGGUAGAACUCGGUCUCGCGAAAGCUCGUUUAGUGAUAAGGGAAGCUAUCCGAAACAAGGACAAGCGUCCUCCACUAACCGACAGGGAUUAUGUGCCGGUUGGACCGGUGUACAGGAAUGCCUACGCAUUUCACAGGAGCUACUUGGAGAUGGAAAAGCUGUUCAAGGUGUAUGUGUAUGAAGAAGGCGAGCCACCGGUGUUCCACGACGGUCCGUGCCGCAGCAUAUAUUCAUCGGAGGGCAGAUUCAUAUUUGCCAUGGAGAUGGAGAACCGGAUGCGCACGAGGGACCCCAAGCUUGCCCAUGUCUUCUUCCUUCCCUUCAGUGUCGUCAAGAUGGUGAAGAUGAUCUACGAGCCCAACUCGCAUGACAUGGAGCCGCUGCGCCGGACUCUCUCGGACUACAUCGACGUUCUGUCCACCAAGUACCCGUACUGGAAUAGGAGCCUCGGCGCCGACCAUUUCAUGCUCUCCUGCCACGACUGGGGGCCAUAUGUUUCGUCGGCGGACGGCCAUCUCUUUUCCAACUCCAUCCGCGUGUUGUGCAACGCCAACACCUCCGAGGGCUUCAACCCAUCCAAGGACGUGUCGCUGCCGGAGAUCAACCUCCGGACCGACGUCAUAGCUGAUCAGGUCGGCGGGCCGUCCGCAUCGCGCCGCCCCAUCCUGGCCUUCUUCGCCGGCGGCGACCAUGGCCCCGUCCGGCCGCUGCUCCUGCGGCACUGGAAGGGCAAGGACGCCGACGUGCAGGUGAGUGAGUACCUGCCCCGCGGCGUGUCGUACAUCAACGUGAUGCGGCGGAGCAAGUUCUGCCUGUGCCCCAGCGGCUACGAGGUGGCCAGCCCCAGGGUGGUCGAGGCCAUCUACCUCGAGUGUGUGCCGGUGGUCAUCGGCGACGACUACGUGCUGCCCUUCAGCGACGUGCUCAACUGGCCCGCCUUCUCGGUGCGGGUCGCCGUGGCGGACAUACCCAACCUCAAGAGCAUUCUCGCCGCCGUGUCGCCGCGGCAGUACAUACGGAUGCAGCGCCGCGUGAGGACCGUGCGCCGCCACUUCAUGGUCAACGGCCCGCCGCGCCGGUUCGACGUCUUCCACAUGAUCCUGCACUCCAUAUGGCUGAGGAGACUCAACGUCAGGCUCCACGCACAAGACUACUGA